AUGAGCGACCUGAUUCUCAAGUGCUGCGCGCGCUUGAAGCCCCGCGCCGCACCGACGCGCAUACGAGUGUACCUCAGAGAGGUGCCUCACGCGGUCGCCGAGAAGUACGACGCGGAGGUCCUGGUGGAUCUGGAGACGAAGUUUCGGCUCUUCCUCAGCCCCGCCCAGUCCACGAUCACACUCCGAGACGCCCUCGUGGUGCUGCGCGGCUCGGGAUGCAACAUCACGGACAGCGGUGCAACGAGCUUCGCCACGGACAUGGGAUGGCACCUCGAGGGGCCGACGGGGCUGCCCGGGAAGGUGAGCAAGGUGGUGACGACGCCGUUGCGCGUGCUGCCCCUCAGGGGGGGCGCGGGCGGCGGUGAGGGCUGCGAGGAGAGCGAGUUGCAGAAAAUCCGCAUCACGUAUCCGGAGCUGGUGGUGCUGUGGGACAGGUUUUCCGUCAUGGACUCCAACUUCGAGGCAGAGAUCGCCGCGCGCGCCUGGGCGGUGCUGGACGACGACGAGAGCGGCUUCAUCUCCAUGGAGGAGCUCCGGAUGGUCAUGUCGCAGCUGGGGGAGCCGAUACCGGAGGAGGACCUGCAGCUGUUCUUCCAGCUCGUCGAUCUGGACGGGUCCGGAGGCCUGUCGUGGGACGAAUUCGUGACGUUCGUUGUUGACGCCAAAGUGCGCAACCAGGACGCGCGGGGCGUGAUGGUCGCGCUGAUGGAGGAGGCGCGCCUCGACGAGCUCGAGAUGCGGCGAGAGAUCAACGGCCGCACCGGCCACGGCGGCGACUCCACCGCCAAGCCGCGCUCGGUAGGACAGCUCCCGCGACACAGCCAGGCCUGGAUGGUGCGGCGCGGGUCGCUCGACGCCUCGUCGUGCGGCUUCGGCCUCAACCGCGAAGACGUGCGCCCGCAGCUCCCCGGCAGCGCGAUCGAGCACCUGUCGGCGGUGGAGCGUGCCGAGGCGGCCGCGAAGCGCGCAGAGGCCGAGCUCGCGGAAAUCCGCGGCUCGCACCUGUCGGAGAGGGCCUCCACGCUGCCGUCGCGGCCGCGGGCGCGCCCCGGCAAGGUCGUGUGCAUAGAGUCGACUCCGCGGACGCUGGGCGAGCAGGCAGCGGACCUCGCGUCGCGGAUGAGUGGGAGCGCGAACAGAGACGCGGUGCGCCCGGUGUCGGAGAUGGAGCACAGCGACAGUGGCGACGGGCGGAGGGAGACGACGGGCCGCGUGGCGCUGGUGUCGGGGUCCGGGAACGGGCGCGGCUCGCCGUCGCUGGUGGCGUCGAGCGGGGGCGGGGCGGUGGAGUACCGGAGAGAGGCUGGGGGGGCGGCGGGAGAGACGGCGCGGCGGCGGGCGAGCGGGGCGGUGUCGGGCUUGCAGGGGCCUGACUCGAGUCGCACCAACCUGACGGAAAACAUGUUGGUGCGCGAGGGGCCUGGGGGCGAGGAGGGCGGGUCGUCGAGGAAGCGGGUGCCGCGGCUGUCGCAGCUGACGAGCCCCGUCGUCGGCCUGCAGGGCGCGCCUCCGGGGGACCCGAAUGAAAGUGGCGAGGUGGCGCAGGCUGGCGGGAGCCGGGCGGGGCUGGACAGUGGGGCGUGGGACGAGCGGCCAGACGCGGGGAGGGCUGUGGAGCUGCGGAGCAGCGGCGAGACGGGCGAGCAUGCCGCGGCGGGGAAGCACGGCGAGGGGGACGGGCCGCCGUCUGGCAGACACGGCGGGGGGGGGUCGAACACGACUCAGGAGAACGAGGUCGGGGGCACACAUUCUUGA